AUGAAAAGGUUGCCUGAUUCAAGGCCGAAAGAGAACAUAGAAGAGAGCGAGCUGCAAUCAGUAAAAAGUUGUAUUAUCUUUUUUAGGCAAGCAGGCGGUGCAGGUAUUAUGGCUCAAGGUAAUCUGUCAUCCAUAAAAACCGGAGAAAAUGUAAUUAUUGGUGGUUUGAUAGUUCAGAUAGUUUUCUUUGGGAUGUUUAUUGUUGUGGAACUGUUCUUUCAUAAUAGAGUCCUUAAACACCCUAACGAGUGCGCUAUGAUUACUAGAAAUAUUCCCUCUCAAUUAAAGAACUGGGAUUAUGUCUUGCUUACACUUUUAGUUGCUCUAUUCCUAUAUUCAUAA